UUAGGAAAUAUUAUUUGCACUGUGCAAUGUGAUGAGGCGAUUAAAGUAUUUACUGUACGGGGAACCUCUUUUGAGGCUGCACCAACAAGUGGUGGUAGUGCCAGUUUAGAAAAGUUAACCCCUCCACCGCCUGUUGGUCUAUCUGAAUGGAUUGAGCAGAAGUUGACUAAAAGUGAUCGGCCAGAGCUCACUAGUGCAAAAGUGGUUGUAUCGGGUGGAAGAGGCUUGAAGAGCGGGGAAAAUUUUAAGUUGUUAUAUGAUCUUGCAGAUCAGUUGCAUGCUGCAGUUGGAGCUUCCCGUGCAGCUGUUGAUGCUGGCUUUGUUCCUAAUGACAUGCAAGUUGGACAGACAGGCAAAAUAGUAGCACCAGAACUUUAUAUUGCCGUGGGAAUAUCUGGAGCAAUCCAACACUUGGCUGGGAUGAAGGACAGCAAGACCAUUGUUGCUAUUAACAAGGAUCCAGAAGCUCCAAUUUUCCAGGUGGCAGACUAUGGACUGGUGGCGGACUUAUUUCAGGCGGUGCCAGAGAUGACGGAGCUCCUGAAGAAGAAGUGA